AAGUGCAUCCUGCGUGUGGGAAAAAAAGAAAUAGAGAGCUUUGCUUUAUUGUGUGUAGUGAGUGAGCCACAUACCUAGUCUUCUACGUCAACGAGGUGAAAUAUGUAUUUGUUCCGUCUACCAAAUACUAGUAGUUCUGCCACUCCAGAGGAAUAGUGAUUUUCAAGUUUUAUGUCGGUGACGGAUCAACGUGAUUCAACUUGCUAACCAAGACCGCGAUCUUGCUUCGAAAAGAUCAUUUUUUUUGCGGGACAGACAAGUGGCAACGAUCAGGAAUGAAUUACUGACCGUGGGGUGAUUGACAAGAUACAGCUCAAAAUCAGUCUGAAGGACAAAUUUUUGUAAUCGGGUCAACAAGAUGAAUUGGACUUGGGCUCACAAAGCGUCCAAAGAUGUUCGUCCCGAGAAGGCGAUAUCAGCCGAGGCUCGUCUUAUGGCCAUCAAGAAGGCCGGAAAGAUAUGGAAGAAAGGAGUGGAGGAUUCCCUCAAAACGGCGCCACAUAAGAACAAAAAUGAUACCUUAGACACCCGGAAACGAAGAACUGCUGAAUUUGUCCUGGGCGAAACCGUGGGGUUGGCAGUUCAAGCAUUGAAGGAGGAAAAAACUGUGAUGAAUAUCCCACCUCCGGCCACGUCUCCUUUAUGCACAAUUCUGGAAAGAUUCGCCAAUUUGGAGAAGACCAUUGCCCAUAUGCUUACCACCAACGAAUCGGAGAUCACUACCUUCAUCUCAUCUCACACGCCCUUGUCGAAACUCUUGACCGAUGAUGUGCCGGCCGUAAUUUUGGCCAAGAAAGAAUUGGAUCAACUCAUCAAGCGGAGAGCUCAGUGCAACAACAGUCUGGAUAAAGAGACCAACAAGUUCAAGAAGAUGUCCAAUGAGGACGAUAUUGAAGAUGAGCGAUUGAAUCAGCAGUUGGAGACGAAGGAAAAGAUUGCUUUCGACUUGGAUAACUUAGAGAAGGAGGUGAACCAGGAAAAUGACAAGCUCACCUCCACCCUGAUGACCUUAGUGUCUCGAGAGAACCGCUACGCCGAGUCGGUCUUGGAACUCAUGAAGCUGAAGAAAAGCUUCUACGAGAAUGCCUUCAAGACACUAGAAGCGGAAUUACCCAAUGUGCAGAAGAUACUUCAAGAAACCAAGUUUCGGCCCGUGUUUGGAGAGCGCCUAGAGGAUCACCUAGAGGCCACUGAGAAAGAUAUUGCCUUUCCGAUAUGGCUCGCCAUCAACAAAAUGCUAGAAUCAGGUUUGAAUGACGAGGGCCUCUUUCGUAUUUCUCCCAAGCAAAUCAAACUGGACAAGUUUAAGGCUUAUCUGGAUUCUCAUGAGCCAGUGAAUGAGCUUGUCGUCGAAGGUGACGUUCAUUUACAGGCGGGCCUGCUGAAGAGCUACUUACGAGAACUCCCCGUCCCACUUUUGGGCGGACGGGACGCCUACGAUCGAUGGAUCCAAAGCAGUGUGAUGAGAGACGAGCGGAAGAAAAUCAAAGAGUUCCAAAGCAUUUUAGACGAAGAGGUCUCCACAAGCAUUAAAAAAAACAUUCAAUAUGUGAUAAAGUUCCUGCAAGAGCUGUCAAAGAAGUCAAAGGCCACGAAGAUGACCCCACGGAACAUCGCAAUCGUGUUGGGGCCGAACUUGCUUUGGUCGGAUCGUGGUUUCGAGACGGACCAGAGUAACCUGGAGAACAUUAUUGCCAUCGUAGCCACCAUGAUUGAAUGCUAUCACACCAUAUUUCCCGUGGAUAUCAGCUUUUCACCGGACGGCUCGUGGCUGCCUCAGUCCAAAUGCGUCUCGGAACCCGGAACUCCCGUGGGCAUCGACGGUCAUCAACUACAAAAGUCAGCGUCCGCGUCUCCAGCUGUGACCCGAAACACAAUUCACCUUACAACGCAAGUACCGGUUCCUGCUCCGCGAACCAGCCUUUGCUUGGAUAGCCCAUCGCCCAAUCACAAGCGGAAGGUCUCGAUCCGAUCGAAAAUGAUUAACAAAAUGAAGAUGGGCGGCCCAGGAGCGGCGAAUGAGAAAUUGGCCACCUUACCACCCCCGCCCAGUCAUCCGCCUCCAUCACUCCCCCAUGGUAUUCACGGGUCUCAGUCGAAUCAGCAGACUCCACCCCCGAAGGCACCACGCCCCACUUCCAUCAGUCUUAGCAAAGGCACAGAAGAGCCCAAUUUGUUCGGCGGGGUUGCUUCAAUCUACCCGUCUUUGAUUGUCCGUCCUAGUUCGCCAGAUCAUUUAAUUCUUUUGCCGGGGACAGUCUCGUCCUCCACGGCCCCAGAGGAACACGCCCAGGACCCAAAUCCCGUGCCCUAUGAGCGGGCGUCGCUGACCAAGAGCAUUCCACCAUCUUCUGAGGAUAAGAACAGGCACAACACAGUUCCAACGACAAUGCUGGAGUCUCCUCAAACGGUUCUCCAAGCUACUGCAACGACCACGAGCUCGGCCAUUCCGUCCUCCAAUGGAGCCACGGCUCGCUAAUGAGGUCGCCAACGACCAACCAACCAGAGCAGUUUUGUGAUAACUUCGAUAUUUUGUAGCCAUCAGUGCAAGACUAAAAUGCCGUCAUUCAAAUGACAUCGAUAUAAAUGGAACUAUUUUGGAUUGAUUUUGAAACGAAUGAAACUUAUUCACUUAAAAUUGA